GGGUUUGUUCCGUGGUUGUGUUUGGUGCGGGCAAUAGGAUGAUGGGUAACGUGAUGAAACUAGCGGUGUUGAUGCUGACUUUCGUACUGGUACAGGGUGGUAGUGAAGACGCGAGCGAGGACACAGCGCUUACGGCACGCUCCGAUAAAUACUACGAUGAAAUGUGGUACCGAUUCUGGACGUUUCCGGUAACGAUGGCCAUCAAGGCUAAGGUGGUGGCGUGGAUAUUGUUCAUCACCUUCUUCAGCACCAUCAUGCAGGCGAUCGUUUAUCAGCGAUCGGAACCACAGCUACCGGAGAUCUAUUCCGUUCCGGAGCACAUCGGUUGGGGGCACUCAUCUUUUACUAGCUGGGGUUAACGUGAUGAGAACCAUACAAAGCACACGAUCAAGAC